AAUGGUCACCAGAUAUGUGCACAAACAGCAACAACAAGAAGAAAAGCAAACCCCACUUUCAGAAUUGGUGCCAUGUAGGAAAGAAGAACAAGGGGGCUUCUAGUAAACAGCUAAGCAAUCCCGUAGCAACAAAUUGGGGGACAAAAGGAACCCCCCCUUCGUGGUUUACAGGAAAAAGCAACUAUGUAGUGUGGCUGCGCUAACCAAUGAUAUGAGCCCUCAUCCUUUCAUUUCACCAAUGAUGUACCACUCUGAAAGAGAAAUCUAUUGAGAGAGCAGCACAUGGUGGGUGCAGUCAUUUGGACAAAAUGUGGCAUAGCAAAGAACAGCAUUUGACAAAGAAAUCAGGAGCUAUGAACUCAUUGCCAGACAAUGUCAAGGUGUUUUACUCUGCCAGUGACGAUAUGGAGCCCUAUGUACAGAUUAUCACGGGAAAAGAACCAAAACGCCGUUUGAGUCUAUGCAGCUCCGACUCUGAAACAGAGGAACCUGAGUACCGGGGGAAAGUUAAGGCUAUUCUUCCUGUCCUAAGUGACUAUAGCAACCUCCUGGAUGACAGACACCUGAUAAGUCUUGCAUCUCACAUGCCAGAAAGGACACAAGGCUAUCGGUGGCAACUGGUCUACAGCACUGCUGUCCAUGGAAGCAGCCUCAAGACACUCUACAGAAAUAUGGCAGGUUUGGACAGUCCUGUGCUGCUGGUCGUCAAAGACAUGCAGAAAAAGGUUUUUGGAGCCUUUUCAUCCGAUCCGUUUAGAGUAAGCAAAUACUGCUAUGGCACAGGAGAAACCUUUUUGUUUACCUUCAACCCUGAUUUCCAGGCUUAUAAGUGGACUGGAGAGAAUUCCUACUUUGUGAGCGGCAACCUGGAGUCUCUGCAUCUUGGAGGUGGAGGGGGAGAAUUUGGCCUAUGGAUAGAUGCUGAUCUAUACCGAGGUUCCAGUUUUUCAUGUCCCACAUUCCACAAUGCUCCACUCUCCACACAGAAGGACUUCAUCAUACAAGACCUCGAGGUCUGGACAGUACGGAACUGAACAAGAACAUCUGGGGGGGAAAAAGGGAAACAAAUUAGAAAAAUGUGUGGGUGCUUCCACCACCACAGCUCUAUGUAGCCAGCAGUAGCUAAAUGUCUGUGGGUGGCACCGAAUGAGCAGGGCUGUUAUACUGCCUCUCAGGCUGGUGUUUCUGGUGUGAGGUUAUUGCUACUAAAAGAAAAGGGGUUGCAUAAAAUCUUGUGAUUCUGGCCGCUGUUGCCUUAAACUACUGCCUGCCAUCAGAAGCCUACACUAAGGUUUAAGCCUUCCUUGUCCUCCUGUUUUUUGGGAGAGCGUUGCAAGUCAAAGUUCCGAAACCUGUUGGGUAAGAAACUUCUUGAAAACAAAGCACCUUUAGGAUGAAAAGAAAUGAUGAAUACUGCACUGUAUGUUUAACAGGCAUAUUGUAACAUAUUGUAACUUGUUCAAACUGUGUUUACAAUAUGUGGACAUGAGCUUACUGUUUUAAAAAUGGAUUAACCCUUUCAAGGGAAAAUGAUACAUGGUACAACCACUGUAAUGAUGUGCCUCAAAGUGGUUUGUUUUACACACUGAGUGUCAUUCGAGUAUCAGUACCAAUCUGCAUUUAAGAACUACACUUGCUGGUGACGGCCUAUAAGGUCAGAUUAAAUAAUAAAAGUUCUCAAUUUCACAAAGACAGUAUAUUAUAUGUGCUGUGUGCCAUUUGAAUUGGAAAUGUAUCGCACUGUCGAUAAUUUCUGCAUUUGUUGUUUUUACUGUGACCUUUCUGUGGGUAAAAUGUUGACAAAACAUUUCAUUUCUUACUUACUGUCUUUUUGCAUUUGAGCAAUUAAGGAAUAUUCCCUGGUGGUGCUGGUACUGCCAGUGUUUUUGUUUGGAAUUACUAUCAAAGCUCUGUCUUUACUGCUGACACUGAAUAAAAUAGCAUAUUUAUUUGGACCACAA